AUGUCCGACGAAGUCAAGCAAGCACACACCCGGGUGCCGCGCUCUAUCAUAUUCUCGGUCGCAAUGAACGGUCUCAUGCAACUUCUUUAUAUGAUCACCGUUCUCUUUACGAUUGGAGACGUGAAUCGUGCUUCCGUUUCGCCUCUACCAAUCAUCGAAGUCUAUUAUCAGGCCACGGGAUCUGAAGCAGCCACAAAUUUGUUCAUGUUCAUGCUAAUCUACAUAAUCUUUGUAUCGUUCUUCAACAUAUUCGCCUCGGUUUCUCGUCUUAUUUGGGCGUUCUCCAAGGACGAGGGGUUGCCGUUCUCGCACACGUUCGCCAGGGUCCACCCAGAGCUGAGGGUACCGGUUAAUGCACUGUGCCUCAGCGGCCUCUGCGUUUGUAUCCUGGCUCUUAUCAACAUUGCUUCGAGCACUGCUUUCAAUGCUCUUAUCUCCCUUCCCGCAAUGGGCUUGUACCUAUCGUACUUUCUACCCAUAUUGUUCCUUUUCUGGCGUCGGACGAUAAGCGCGAGGCCUCUACCAAUUCCAUGGGGUCCAUUUAAGCUUGGCGCAGCUGGCGCAUACAUCAACGCCGGAGCUUUGUGCUACAUCGUCUUCACCUUUGUUUGGAUGCCACUACCCACUAUCCUCCCUGUGGACAGGUUCAACAUGAACUAUGCGGGACCGAUUUUAGGGGCGAUCAUAUUAGGCGCUGCUGUAGACUGGUCAUGGAAGGGGAGAAAGAGGUUUCAAGUACCAGUUGCGAAUCGAGCAUUUCAGUGA